UCAAACUAAAAGGUCAAUAAAUUGGAGGCCAAUUGGAAUAAAGCAAGAACCGUAUCUACCGAAACUCGUCAUUAGCUCGUCACUAAUCCGGUUGAAUCUUGGGGAGUGGGUUGUUUUUCUGAGUAUUGUCUGAGUGACGUAGCCGUGCAUUAAUAAGAGUGAAUAAACGAAAUCUGCGAGUCAAGAUGUCUUGUUUUCAGAACCUGUCAAAUGCACUAGAUGAUACUUUUUCUGCAACUGUUCAGUCCGAGGAUGAAUUGGAUUACGCAUCUGCAACACUCGUUUUGGCUGGAUUAUUGCAAAUUCAUUCCCGUACACCUCGUUAUGCAUUUCAUCAGGCGCGGCUAGAUUCAUUCCCGAAAAUCAUCCAUUCAAAAGAUUCUGGAAAAGACUCAUCAACUUACCGGUCAAAGUCUCCAGUUCCAUCUCCUACUGAGCUGGCCUCCGCAGGCUUUUAUCACACCGGUUCCGGAGACGAAACUAUUUGCCCUGCUUGUGGUUUGGGGCUACGUGAUUGGCAGGCCACAGACCAACCUGAAGCGUGUCAUAUUGCAUAUUCUGCUGCUGCAACAGCUGCCAUAGAAAUGGGUUCUGGGGACGGACAUUGUCGUUUACCAGUCCCGACUAUGCCAUGUCUAUAUCUAAUUGUCCACCGUCUUCUUGUUUCUGAAAUUCCUCUUGCUCGUAAGUCUUUGGUUCCUGUUGGACAAACACAGUCUGUCCGAGGUCUUCCUGGAGUAAUAUGUCGACCUGUAGUACAUUUCACUGAUCAGUCUUCUCAAAACUCAUGUGAAUAUCCAUCUUUGGCAGAUAGACUAUAUGCGAUAGCUCAUAUAAUGACAGCAUCUCCAGCUCCCCAGGGAUGGCCAGUAGAGAAUGCACGUGCGUUAGGUCAUUCAGAUGACUUGAUUGUUCUUGCUUUAUGGCGUUUGCAAGCGGAAGCUGCUGGAAUGGGGCUGGCUUGUCCACCAAUAAAGUCAAUCUAUAUCGAUCCUCAGGCUACAACAGAAUUGUUAAGAGCUAUUUUGAGAGUUCAGGAAGGUUAUGAUACAUCUUCCAGAAAUAAUCUCGAACUCUAUCUGGAUGCUUUCGACGAAGAAGAAGUACAUUCCACCGGUGAUGGCAGUGAAGGUGAUAUCACAGCAGAAGAUGCGGAAACAGCAGCUUUAUCACGAUGUCGUCGAUAUUUACGAUCACCACCGCAACAACAAUUUAGUGAUUCAACCUCAUCUCCUCGUUCAGCUGAAUCAUAUGGGUUACAAAUAAAAAAGAUCCAUCUCCCUCGUUUUUAUCAGUUCCUCGUGUGGUGGUCUCAUCGUUGGCCUGAAACUCAUAAUACUAAUGCACUGAAGUAAUUUGAGUACUUCUGACUACUCAACAUUUCAUUCGCAAAACAGAUUACUUGGAAAAUUGCACGUGCUACCCACUUUGAAGGCUUGAACACCUACUCCCAGUUGUUCAUAAUACAUUAAUGAUUCGAUUUCAAAAUAAUAUUUAACUUCAUAUACUUUAGGGAACAGUAUCCAUUUCUUUCGAUAUAUUUCAGCAUAUUCGUUUUACACCUUAUAUAUUUAAUAAAGUUUGUAAUUUCCCUUGUAAAAAAUAUCCUAUUUAUGAGAUUUCGGAUUGAUUGUCAAAUAUUACACCCAGCUUUUUUAUACAGCCAAGGGACUUCCUAGUUUGGAAUCGAUAUUUCGUUUUAUAUGAGUGUUUUCUUGCUGUUUGCAUCAUUUAUCAUCGUUCGUUUAAAAUGGAGGCUGCAAUAGAUAGGUGCAACUGACUAGAA